AUGGCUUCAGACCCAGCAACCCCCUCGGCCAGCGUCAAAGGACCAGAGGCGUCCAAGGGAAAGGCCCCAUCGGUGACUGCCGCCUGGGCCGGAGCAUCCAAGUCGACAGUCCCGAGCUCUCCCUUUACGUUCGAGUUGAAGCCAUCGAUGCUCUCGGCCCCCCGAGCGACGUCCCUGGCAUCUCCCUCGAGGCCCAUCAAGACUGCGCCGGUCGCGGUCGACAAGGCCUCUAGCCCGGCCAAGCCCAUGGCGAACGUCGACAAGCAGCCUGCCUCUCGGCCCAAGUCUACGACUGGUGCUGACAAGCAAGCGAUGACCAUUGCCGGCAAACAAGCCACGUCUGCUGGUCCCGUCGACAGAGACGAGGGCGUCGAGUUCAUCAACCACAUCUGGCCAACGCCCGAGACGCUGAUCAGCUUCGCCGACCUGCCCACGCCGGAUCGCGCCUACCCAGUCCCGCAGGGCUGCCAUCGCUACGAGUUCACGUCGUUCGGCGCUCAAGGCAGAGAGGAACGCAGAGCGGCCGAGCGUACAUUCCUGCAGCAGAUCAAGAAGCAAGCCGCCGAGCACGGCGUCGAUGUCGACCACCUGUCCUUCACCUUCCCAAUGAUCUCGGGUCCGGAUCGCGUCGUCGAUGUCUUCUACCGCUCGCUCGAGGCAUGGACAAAGGCCCGUCGCUUCACCCUGGUCUACGACAGCGUGCCCCUGCAGCUGUCCUUCCAGUCCGGACUUGGUCCCUACCUGACCCUCAACGACAUCUGGGCGGACUGCCUGCGACGAGCGGACGGGACCGUCGCGUUCAGGGGCACGUUUACCAUCCUGGCGACCUUCCGGGGACACCACGGACCGUUCUCGCUGCCUGGCUGGCUGCAGUACCGCGGAUUCGACCACCGCCUCGGCUUCCUCGGCCGUCCCAACCUCUGCUCGCAAUGCCGCCUCGAGCGAGACCCGCACACCAUCGACGCGUGUACCUGGCAGACCUGCCCGCACUGCGGCGGGCGAGGACACAAGCGCCUUGAUUGCGACUCGCAUCCCCUCGCCAUCCAGGCCAAGAAGUUCUAUGACAGUUUCUACGGGAUGUAG